AUGGCAUCACUCUCAGCAUUUGGGUAUCCCGCAAGAUUUGCACCCGGCAAUAUUGGACCGCUCUGGACUGCCCUCUUCUACGGAGUUCCCGUGAGCAAUAUUGCCAUCCAUCUGGCCUGGCUGACCGCGCUCCAUCCAAUCUUCUCUUCGCUCCCGAUAGACCGCAGGCGUCUUUCCGCAUUUCUUCACAAAUACUUUAUGCUCAGCUCAAGUGACCCCCGACUACUCACCUUCUUUACCUCGGCCUUUAGUCACAUCCAGCCUUUACACCUUUUCGUCAACAUGUCAACAUAUAAAACUUAUGUCGAGUCGUUUUAUUUACUCAGUGUAUCGCCGCUACGAUUCAUUGUACUGUCCCUCGGGAGUGCAAUCACCGCUUGCCUUUGCCACAUUUUCAAUGCCAGGAGAAGACGGGGAGCAAAGAACAAUGCCGAGAGGACGGCUGUUGGAGCAAGCGGAGCCUUGACUGGUCUCGGCACAGCUCUGGCGUUGAUGUUUCCCACGAUGAAGGUCCGCCUUUCCGGGACACAUCAAGUUCUACCCUUGCGCCUUGUUGUCUUGGGAAUGUUUGCCGUGGAUGCCUACUGUCUGAGUACCGAGCGGGACACAGGAGUGGGACAUGCCGGACACCUCGGAGGCGCAGCUUUUGGCUUAGCAUACUUCUUCUGGAGGAAAGCUACGGGUGCUUUUACUUUGUAA